AUGGCGAAAUCCGGAAACAACCGGUACCUGAGCGUGCCCAGUACCCCUGAACCACCAGUAGAGGACUCGGCCCCGAUUUUAAAUCAAAUACGUAAAUGGGGCCUGCACUUUGACGGGAAAGACCCCUUCUCAUUACUCGAACGGGUAGAGGAACUUAGUACCGCCUACGGUUACGAUGGGUCACGCUUAUUAACUGGACUGCCUGUAUUAUUACGGGGCGACGCGCUAUUGUGGUAUAGAAAUUGUCGGGCCUCCUGGAAUACUUGGGAACAGUUCUGCGAAGAAUUAAAAGACCAAUACCUGCCCCGCAGGUACCAACACCAAUUAAGGCGAGAAAUUCAGCGCCAGAAGCAACAACCCAACGAGACGUUUUGGAAAUACGCGACAACCGUCUUAAUGAUGAUGCGCAGAGCUGGGGGCUACACUGCCCAAGAAUAA